AUGAAGAAAGUUCAGGAAAUAAUAGAGAGUCGUGGAGAUGGACUGGUAGUAGCGCCAAUGAGAAACAAAAACCCUCUUGUUGUCCUAAAAGAUGUGUUUGUUGAUAGUGAAGACGACGAUAUAAUCGAGGCGCUCUACGCGCAGAAUAAAGAAAUUUUCGUGGGCCUACCUGAAGUGGACAAGGAAAUGCUGAUAAAAUUCAAAAAACGUACCAGAAAUCCCAAAACAGUGCACAUUAUCCUUCAGGUAAAGCCUAACGUAUGGCAGAGGAUGACGGAGGCUGGAGCCCUCUAUCUAGACCUACAAAGGGUCAGGGUCGAGGACCAGCCUCCGCUCAUCCAAUGCACGAAGUGCCUUGCAUUCGGACAUGGUCGGAAAUUUUGCACCGAGAGUGUGGACAGAUGCAGUCACUGUGGAGGACCGCAUCUCCGCGAGAAAUGCGCAGACUUUACUGCAGGUAAUGAACCACAGUGCUGCAACUGCUCACACUGUGGACUGCGGAAGACCGACCAUAAUGCGUUUAGUGCUGACUGCCCAGUGCGGAAAAAGUGGGACUACUUGGAUAGAGCAAACACGGCCUAUGCCUAA